CGCAUCAGCCAAAAGCCAACAGCACAAAAAACCAAAAUGUUUCCCACGCGAGCUCUCUUCUCUCGCUCGGUCUGGAAGGGCCCGAACAUCGUCCCUCUCCCUCUCCCCCGCAAACUCCCCGCUCCGCCAGGAACACCUCCGAUCAAGACGCAGAAGCGCGGCGCCACGAUCUUGCCUAACUUCGUGGGAUUGAAGUUCCAGGUUCACAAUGGGAAGAUUUAUCAGGAUGUUGUGAUUACGGAGGAGAUGGUUGGGAGGAAGUUGGGGGAGUUUGUUGCGACUCGGAAGAGAUUCACGUACAAGCAGUCGAAGAACAAAUGAUUGCUUUUCGGGUUGUGUGUGGUUGUCUCGCUAUGUGGCUAUUCUGCUGUGUGCUCUGCUUGGGAAUCUUACUGGGUCCUCUGUGAUAUGGGGAAAGGUAGAUUGUCAGCUCAAGAGGGAUAGCAGACAGGCAGACGGACAGAAAGGUGGUGAUUUCAUAUUGCAUG